UAGCCUUUCACGGGAUCUGAUUGGUUUAUCGUUCAGUCAAUCGUCUCGUCUGCCCAUCAUAUUAGUAUGUGCUACAUCCGUGCAGAAUUAACGUACUGUAUGUUCAUACAAUGUAGUUCAAGUUAGGUGCUGUCAGCAUGAUAAGGCUGAGGGAUUCGUUCCUGAGACCCUUCCAGGCCCCCGUGGAUGUCCUUGCCAGUCAGGAGGGCCGUGUCUACCUGUUCAGGGAGGUGGAGGGAGACUCAGACCAGUCCUCGGAGGAUGAGUUUAACGUGAUGGAGCUGAGACCCAGAGGCCGGGAGCAGGCGAGGCUUGAUCGAGAGAAAGUGGGGGACGUGCUGCUAUUAGAGAAGGACAUCUCGGAGGGAGACAACCUCAACAAGUUAGCUCUGCAAUAUGGCUGCAAAGUUGCAGACAUUAAGCGUGUGAACAACCUAAUACGGGAGCAGGACUUGUAUGCCUUGAAAGUCAUCAAGAUCCCAGUGAAGAAGCACAGUGUUUUAACAGAGACCAGCAAUGAUCUGAAGGAGCCUCAAGCCUCUUCCUCCCGGUGUCUCCACAUGCUCGCAGAGCCCUCCCUGUAUGAGGACGCAGCUGCUGCUGGGCGCUGCGGGACGGAUAUUAAAGAAUGCACUGACUUUCUCAAGGAAAUAGACCACGAUAUUGAGAGACUGAUCCAGUCCACUGGCAAUCUGGAAGAGGUGUCUUGUUUGGAGCCGCAUGACGGGCCUCCCCAUGGUACAGGAAACCAAAAUCCCUCUCCUCACGGAUCAGACUGGGGGAUCCAGUGGUGGAACGCUGUCGCGCUCAUGCUUUUAAUCGGCAUUAUUCUGCCAGUAUUUUACGUGGUUUAUUUUAAAACGCAGGACAGCGAGUCUGCCUUCCAGGACACUCCCACCUCUCUCAACGUUUCCAGUCCUACCUCAGACUGCUUGGAGAUUAAUGUGACUGCUUUGAGUCCUGGGAAGAGUCCAGCCAUUCAAAAAAACUCUUCUUCAUCUCCUCUUUCAAGUGAAAUAAAAGAAACGCCAAAUGAACGGACAGCCACAUUAGGAUAAAAUGGUGCUUGGGAAUGGACCCUGGGAAGGGGCAUGCCCAGAUAUCCUCUUCAUGUACUUGGAAAGCAUUACAUUACAGUAUUGGGCUCCAGGGGAAAUGUCCUGUGCACAUGCCUUGUGAUGCCAUACAUUGUGAAAGGUUCUGUGACCCUGUGGGUAUAGUUAAUAGAAGCUAGAGAUAUCUACAGGUUUCAUAUGGACUGGCUUGACAUGCACACAUUUUAGAAUGCCCUAAAUCUACCACACAAUUUCAAAUGAAUCCUGUAUGAAACCAGGAAGUGCCAGACUUAGGAUCCCAACCAUUAAAUUGGUGAGGUUUGUAUCUGCUUACUUAUUAGCUGUCUGAUCAGAAUGCAGAAUACUAUACACACGGAGCAUUCACUGCAGUACAUGUAAUAACCCCUCAUUCACUGCAGUACAUGUAAUAACCCCUCAUUCACUGCAGUACAUGUAAUAACCCCUCAUUCACUGCAGUACAUUUAAUAACCCCUCAUUUCACUGCAGUACAUGUAAUAACCCCUCAUUUCACUGCACUUUUCAUAUUGUUUUUUUUUUUUUUUUUUUUCUUGGUUUCGCCCAUCGAUUUUGAAUCACUUUUAAGCCCUCUUCACCCAUCUCUGAUUUCCUGGUCAGUUAUAAGAAAUAUUUUUUACAACCAGUAAUUAAGAAAUGCACUUUUGUAGUGUUAGUUUGGCAAAGUGUAAACUCUGUGGCAAAUAGAUUGUGAGUGUAUUAUCUCACUGACUAGUCUCCUAUGAAACCAGUAUUGCACACUUUUGUGCCACACUGUUUAUGAAAAAUACAGCAGGGCACUCCUUUGCAACGGUGUGUUCUGUUACACCGAUAAGUCACAGAUAUCAAACAAAUAACAAACCCAAGCUUUUUGUGUUGAGGGUUACUACAGGUACACAGAAGUCUUCUUGCUGGUAGUUAAAUGCUGCUUGAAAACAUAAUUACUGGUUUAGUGAAAAGUUUUGAAACCAGAUAUAAUCAAGGUGUUUUAGAAAAUACACUUUUUCUUUUAUUACACUUCUAAUUUUAUGACUUUAUCCAGCGGUGAAAUUUACAAUGCUUAGUUUGUUGAGGAAAUUGCCUGUUUGCUGAAAGUUACGAUUGAACACAUACUAUAAAUAUUUAAUAAAGUAUUUAUAUACAGGUGGCAGGUUAGGGCAUCAUGCCUUAUUAAAUAUUUAUAUAAACAUAAUUUACUAUAAAUGUGUGGGUUUUUAGUAACACUAAGAAUUUAUAAAUCUAACAUUAAUAAAGUCUUAACAAUACCUUUGGUUUUUUUUCCCCUAGUUUUUGUUAGAUUUGUUAAUAAUGUAAUAUUAAAUGCACUUCAGGCCAUGUUGCCAUGCCAAGGCAUCUUCUCCACUGUUACCUAGCAUGCAUUACCAGAGUUCUGCAUGACGCAGAAUUGGGACUUGUUUGGGAGCAAUGACAAGGCAAUUUGGGAUUUCAGUCUUCCAAAAAAGAUCUCUGUGAAGCCUCAUCUGAAAGCAGACCACCCUGUAUUGUUAGACCAAUAAUUAACUAAUUUCUCCUGUCAAAUGUUCUUAAUCCAGUGCCAGAGGUUCAUAAAUCCCAAGGCUGUCUGUGGACUUUAUUAGAGAGGGCUGCUGAAGACAGUCUGGAUUUUCUCAUGCUUGUGGGGAUGGUUUUUCAAAGUGUCAACGCUGCUACAGUAACCCUCCUGCAGAUGCUAUUUGCAGUUCUCUUUCUUUGAAAAUUAAAGUUGUAUUUAAGAUGACACUUUUACAAAAAAAAAUGUAUAUGGUAGAAACGACACAAUCAAGUCUCGUUUUAAUUUUGAUGUUGAAAUCAUGAUUUCGAUGUCUGUUUUAAAGGGAGUGUACAGUAUUUGUUAAUGACAGCAGAAGUGUCGAGAUGUUCUGGGGGUGAUAAAUGUAAAAAUGAAAUGAGCCUCUGAAAAAAUGUACUGUACUUUAAAUAAAAAAAUAAAAAUAACAACACGCUUAUCUUUUGUACAUUCAUGUUAAAAUAACUUGGAGUAAAGGUAUUGGUUGCAAAGCAUA